AUGGAUGUGUUAGUGGGCAGGUUAUCCUCGAUCCAUUUAGAUACUUUAGAUUCAGUUUCCUCCUGUAAAUUUUCAUUUUCUAGUUCAGAAUCUUCGUUUUUUAUUUUCGAUUCAAUAUUUUCAUUAGCUUUAGAGGUUUCUCCUUCAUCGCGUUUUAGAUUCAGAUGAUCCUGUAUAUGAGUAGUUGCCUCCUGUAAAUUUUCCUUUAUUUCAGAAUUCUUUUCAUUAUUUUCAUUAGCUUUAGAAGUCUCUCCCUCAUCCCGUUUUAGAUUUAUUUGAUCCUGUAUAAAUUUUUUAAAAUUAAUUU